AGCAGCCGCCAAUCCUAAAUAAACAAUCUCUCACUCCCUCUCUGUCUCAGAUCUCAGGGAGCAUCCGCAGAAUAGAUUCCUGCCUUUGCCUCUAUGCAGCUACCAGACGUUCCUUUCUCUGCAGGGUAAUCGUCUCUGCUGAAAGUGAAACAAGGCAAGAAGUUAGACACAGCUACCAAUUGGCUAAAGUUAAAUAAUUAAGAAAAUACCCCAAAAAGUACAAUCACUGCAUUGAGCAUCUUGGUUGGGACUUUACAAAAGCAAGAAUUAAAAGGAGGAAGAAAGACCCUAUUGAGUUGUCACAUGAGAUCUUCCUCUACAUUUCGUGCCCAUCACCGUUCUUAAAGUAUGAACUUAUUUUGGAUCCUCGUGCUAAUGGUGGCACCUUUGCUCUGUCAUCUUCAGCAAACCGCUGAGCAUUCAGAAAGCAGUGCAGUGCCUCAGUCUAAAUGCACUUACACAUUUGUGGUAUCACAGCAGAAAAUGACUGGUGCUGUCUGCAUUAGUACAGGGAGGUUUCCUAUUUCAUUGGGUGUAAACAAAAGUGAGGUGCAGAUUUUAAAGGAAGAGCUUAGUCGUCAGCAGACUGAAAUUGAGGAGCUUAAAAAGCUAGUUGAAGUAGACCAUGAUGUGGUCCUGGAAAUGGAACAACUCCGCGAAGAAAACAGGAAUAUGGGUUCCAGACUCAGCAACCUUCAAUCUCAGCUCUUCCAUGAGGUUCUGCAGAGAAAAAAUGAGUCAACUGAACCCUCUAAGGAGGAGGAUAGAGGGUUGAAUGCUACUUCUGAAGUACUAAAGUUGGCAAGCAAGUACAAAGAACUUCAGGAAAAAUACAACUUCCUGUCAUCCUUAAUUAACAAUCAGAGUGCAACCAUAGCUCGCCUCGAAGAACUCUGCCAACAGAAUAUUCUUCAGCGACAAGCUGGCCAGAAUCCUGCACAUUCAGUAGUAACAAGUGGUUCCCCCAGUGGUUCAGAUGCCAGACAAAAACACAGUGCAGGAAUACAGGCAGAUCAAAUGGAUAUCACUUUGGACAAGAAGAACGUUUCUCCAAUUGCCCAAGGCCCUGCUCAGACAACCAGUGUACCAUUGAUUGUAACAGAGGCGGCUGAGUCAUUAGGACCGUGGAAAGACUGCUAUGAUGCCCUACGUGGCAAUCAAAAGUCCAGUGGUAUUUACCUGUUGAGGCCUCAUGGAGGAAACCAGGUGAUGGAAGCAUGGUGUGAGCAGGAACUCUCUGGUGGAGGGUGGACUGUCAUCCAAAGACGUCAUGAUGGAUCAACCAACUUUUUUACGAACUGGAAUAGCUACAAACUUGGAUUUGGAAACCUGAAUGGGGAAUACUGGUUGGGUCUGGAAAAUAUUUACUGGUUGGCCAGUCAAGGAAGCUUCAAGCUCCUCAUCGUCAUGGAAGACUGGCAGGGCCGUCAGGCUAAAGCUGAAUAUGACUACUUCCGGCUGGAAUCUGAGAGUGAUUUUUAUCGGUUGCGCCUAGGCCAUUAUCGUGGCAACGCUGGCGACUCCCUCUCUUGGCACAGCGACAAACAGUUUAGCACCAACGACAAGGACAGAGAUUCGUACACAGGGAACUGUGCCCAUUUCCAUAAGGGCGGCUGGUGGUACAACAUGUGCGCCCACUCCAACCUCAAUGGGAUUUGGUAUCGAGGAGGUCAUUACCGGAGCCGCUACCAGGAUGGAGUGUAUUGGGCUGAAUUCCGCGGGGGAGCCUACUCUCUUAAGAAGGUGUCAAUGAUGAUCAAGCCAAAUGUAUAAAGGCUACAGUUACUGCUGCAACCUCACCAUGCAGAUAUGUCAAGUAACUCUAAAUAAUCAAAUAAGAUCUCAUUAUCACCUUAAUGACAUGGGGUCACUUAAUAUCUCUGCUCACUCCCCUUUAACUUCUAUUUUAAAUGGCUACAGUUAGAUGCUAUAGUGCACCGAUGCACAGAAACCAGUGCAGGCUGCAGCAUGUUAAAGGAGAACUAAAGCUUAACUAAAGAAGUAGAUAGAAAUGUUG